UGAAAAACGAUAAAAUUUAAUCGUGUUUGAAAUAGAAUAAAUACAUUUUCUUACAUUAUUUAUAUCAAUAAGAAUCCGUGAAAUAUCAUCGUGAAUCUAUUACGCGAUUUUCGGAUACAAUUUUAUCGAUGUAAACAAACUUUACUAAAAUCGAAUUGACAGCAGGCAGCGAUAAUAGCUCGAGUAAGUAGGAAGAGGUGAUUGUCGCAAACGCGAGCGCGUAGACAGAUAAGCGUACAGUUGACGCGGUGCCAAACGGUGGCGUUCGCGCCUCUUCACUUUCGAGUUUCAGUCGAGUGCGUUCCUUAGUGGGAAGUGUAUGGCGCGCGAUGUGUUUGCACGUGCGGCUGUUGUGCGGCGCGCUGUGCUGGCCGGUGCUGAUGCGCUGCGCCCGCGCCGCCUAUGACGACGAUUACGACCAGCAACUCAAAGAUGAACUCGGUGAGGUGGUGGCCGAGCUGGAGGCCCUCGACGGCCAGGAGGAAUGCAAGCAGAACAGCAAAGCCAAACAGAUGAGCAUAGGAAGAAAGAAAUUUAAUAUGGACCCUAAGAAAGGCAUAGAAUACCUGUAUGAAAACGGCCUAUUACAAAGGACGCCCGAGGACGUGGCCCAGUUUUUACACAAGGGCGAAGGGUUGAGUAAAACGGCGAUAGGGGAUUACCUCGGCGAGCGGUCGGAGUUCAACGAGGCGGUGCUUAGGGCCUUUGUGGAACUGCACGACUUCACUGAUUUGAUACUUGUGCAGGCAUUAAGGCAAUUCCUAUGGAGCUUUCGCUUGCCCGGCGAGGCGCAGAAGAUCGACCGCAUGAUGGAGAGCUUCGCGCAGCGCUACUGCCAGCUGAACCCCGACAUCUUCACGAACGCGGACACGUGCUACGUGCUCAGCUUCGCGAUCAUCAUGCUCAAUACGUCGCUGCACAACCCCAGCGUGAAGGACAAGCCCACGCCGGAGCAGUUCGUCGCCAUGAACCGCGGCAUCAACAAUGGCGGCGACCUACCGCAGGAGUUGCUCUUGUCUUUAUACGAGUCGAUAAAGACGGAGCCGUUCAAAAUCCCCGAGGACGACGGUAAUGAUCUCAUGCAUACCUUCUUCAACCCCGACAAAGAGGGAUGGCUUUGGAAACAGGGCGGCAGAUACAAGUCGUGGAAGAGAAGAUGGUUCAUACUGAACGACAACUGCCUCUACUACUUCGAGUACACGACGGACAAGGAGCCGCGGGGCAUCAUUCCAUUAGAAAAUAUUUCCGUCCGCGCAGCGAGCGACCGGCAGCGGCCACACUGCCUGGAGCUGUACGCGAGCGGCGGCGCGGACCUCAUCAAGGCGUGCAAGACCGACUCGGAGGGGAAGGUCGUGGAGGGCAAGCACACCGUAUACAGAAUGUCGGCAUCUACGGCGGAGGAGCGCGACGAAUGGAUCGAAUGCCUCCGUCGCUCCACCAGCCACAACCCGUUCUACGACAUGCUCGCACAACGCAAGAAGAAAGCGCAACACAAUCACAGCUCCGCGCACUAACACAAGCGGGUACACUCGGCUACAUUUCUGCGAACGUUCGUGUGAGGUACAGUCAGCCAUAACACGUUUAUAUAAAUACUCUUAGCAACAAAUCUGUAAAUCUUUGUAUGAGGUACAGUCGACCACAUAACACGUAUAAGCCUAUGUACAAUGGGCUACCAUACAUAAAUGUUAUCACGAGUACACUUGGCAACAAAUCUGUAAACUUUCGUAAAGUACAGUUGACCAUAACACCUUUAUUCGUAUACUAUGUGGAAUAAUAAACAUACUUGUUAACACAGGUACAAUUAGUAACAAAUCUGUAAAUCUUCGUAUGAGGUAUACUCAGCCACAUGUGACAAGGUACAGUCGCAUAAAACACUUAUCUAACACAGGAAGAAUGCAAUCCUAUACAUAAACGUAAAACAUAGUCAACCAGUUUUUACGUUUACGUACGACGAGUGUAGGAUCGAUCCACUAUCACAGAUGUAUGUAAAAAGAUAGACGGAACUUUAGUAUUUUUUAAUAUUGACAUACAUUAUACAUGUAUACUUUUUUUAAGAAAUCAUGUUCAAUCAGGAAUUAAUAUGACGAAAACCACAAGAUGAAUCUGUCAAACUUACAGGAGACCUUUUAUGUAUUCUUCACAGUGACAGUUGACAAUAUAAAACAUGUUCCUUUUCGCUCAAAUAUAGAAAUAUUGCGUGCAAAGGUACACCUAGUACGAAUCAUUUUAGCUCACGAAAACUUUCACGUCAAUUGAAUAUAGAUAUCGAAUACUCAAUCACAGCCAAUAGUAAACUAAAAACAUAUUUUAGUAAUACGAGUACAUUAUGUAUUACUGAUUUUUGUAAGCUAAGUUCGUGAAACAUGCUUUACAUAGUUAUCUUUUCGAAAGCUAUAAUAACUGGUACUAGGAUAGACGAUAGAGGAAGGAAUAAUUGAAAUGACGUGUUUAUACAUCAUAUUAAUUAGUGAUCAGGCAUACAAUUAUUAUUUUAUUAAAAUAUACCUGUCUAUCUUUUUAACUAAAUCUGUGUUAGUACUAUUUGAAAGUGUCGUAAAUAUUUAUUAAAAACUUAUUAUACAGCCUAAUAUAUCAAACAGAUGUAAAAAUAAGUAAGCUUUAAGAUUCAAAACACCAAUAUUAAUGAAUGAAUCGUUAUAGUUAAGAAAUAUUUGAUUGCUUGGAGAAUUCUAGGUCUGACUAAGUUUGUUCUCUAAUUGAAAGUGAAAACAGGCAAAAACGGACAAACUACAACUGUAAAUAUGGCGAUUAUAGGUUUUGGGAAUAUUGUUAUAAAAUCAUGUUAAGGUGAAUGAAGGUCAUAACUCAUUAUAGCGUCAGGCAGCUUGCAGGCCACUGGCGUAGCAUGGACUAAUUUAGACGUGGGCGAAGUCGCAUUUGCGAUGUAAUCCUUUUUCCAGUAUCGUUACAAUAGGGUACAGUCACCCUAAUGUUUUUGACAUAAUGAUAAACCUCUUUUCCGUUUUUGAACCCAUUCAUGAAAAUUCCGCUGAAAUUGUUGGUCACCAAGAAAAUUAAUUUGCGUAAUUUUCAUGACUGAUCACAUCAACUAGACGUUAGCGUUUCUUGAAGGUAGAUAAGUCAAAAUCACCUCGCGAGGCCCCAUUUAGCGCGAGGUCGUGAACGGCCUCCCGUUUCGACCACGCUUAGCUACGCCACUGAGCGAGGCGAUCCGGUGACGCAAUUAAUAAGCCAUACAUGAGGCGAGGCAUUGCCAUGUGGCUUUAAUGAGCUAUGCUUUACUUCACAAAAUCCAUACAAAUUGUUAUACUCAUUCAUGAACUUGUGUAUACAACUGUAAAAUGUCAUUAUGUAGCUUUUGCGUAAUUUUAAAUCGGCAUAUAUGGGGAACUCAAAAAUACAUACUUACUGUAUGUUUUCACCCGAUUGUUCAUUGCAUAAUGGAAUAACUGAUUUAUUUGGUGUGGGUGAUAAGUAUAAAACUUACAGGCAUCGAAUUAUUCAAGGUGUAGACGUCCAUUUGUGUAGUAUAUCGUUUAUUUGUUACAAAUCAAAUCCGUUGUAAAAUUGAAGAUGUUCCCAACAUACUCAUAGAACUAUCUGUCGCAAAGUUCUUUGCGAAAAUCAACAUUUGCAUUCUUUGUUCAACAAUUUAAGCUAAAGUAUAGUUAUAUAAUAUUUAAAAUAUAAAGUUUGCAUCGAACUGUACGGAUAUUGAUGGGUUCAUCAGAAAAAACUCAAUUUCAUGUGUAAUUAGUAAAAUCCAUGUAGUCUUCCAAGUUAUUGACUGAAAAGACAAAACAAGAUUAAACAAUAAUUGUUUUUGCUUGUUAAACAAUAGGUGAAUUUAACAACGAAUUUGAUUUGUGGCAAACAUCACGUUACAUGAAAAUUGUGAUAUUUACAGCCAUGAUACUAAAUAGUGAUUGAAACGUUAGUAUCGAUACAAUACGUUAAUUCAUCGUGAACAUAAUAGUCGACGGUCGGUGUUAGCAUUGUUGUCCAUGUAAAUAACGAAGCAAGACUGAAUCAUAUUGUGUGUAAUGGUCGUCCGGUCAUCGAUGAUUUUGUAAAGUUAUUCUUGUUUUACACUUGUCUAUAUAGCAUAUAGCCAGGGGCGUAGCUACCGCCGUAAAUAGGGGAGUCAUAUCAAUGAUACGGGGCCCCCGGACUACAAGGGCCCCAUAGGUAUUUUUUUAGGCUCCAAAAUCAAAAUUUGUCAAAUUUAGUCUGGUGCUUCCUUGAGAAAAAAAAACAAUUUUUUGGGAUAUGCUGCUUGCCUAUUGGGCCAUCCAACUAACUUUGGGCCUCUCCAAUGCAAGCUACGCCAUUGCAUAUUGUAGUGAAUAGGCAAACGCAUUUCAGCUUUGGUUACAUCUACACUUACUAUCAGAAGAUAUAGUGAUCAGGCGCGAGCCAAUUUAUUAAAAAAAAUAACCUAACGAAUAUACCUAUAUUUUUUUCGAUAAAUUUAACUCACUAUGUAUUUUUUAAAGUCAUCUUGAUGAAUUCUUAUUUUAUGCAAAAUACUUGAUUUUAGUUUUAAUAAUUUUAUAAUAUUAUCGAUAAAGGACGAUAUGAAUUACCGCCCUAGUUUCGAAAUAAUUUGCACUUUGUUAUUUGAAAAAAAAAAAGUUUUAAUAGUAAUUUUUUUGGUAAAUUUAUAGGUAGGGUUUUACAAAUUUUAUUGAUUGCUUCUUGUUGCUUUGACAAUAAUUUGUUAUUGGUUUACCGAACGGUCUAACCAUAGGAAUAUAACAAUUUUACAAUAUAUUAUAUCCAUUUAGUCGGAAUUUUGUAUUCAUUGAAAGUAUUAUGUAAUGUAAAAAUAUUUAGUAUAGAAAUUAGAUUUAUUAUUUUGUAACAUAGUAAACAUGUUAGAUGUACAUAUAUGGCUUGAGGUUAGAUGUAGUUAGAUGAAUAUUUUGAUAUAGGUGUGUUAUUUAUGUUCAAUGUUAUGGUAUUGCAAAUUUUCUUAUAUAUUUAUGAAAUAGUGGACCGUUUGAUGGGAAUUCUUAUGAUUUUAUAUGUUUUUUUUAAGAUCUUAUGAAUGGUUUUUUUUUAAUUGGUAGUCAUAUUUUUAAUUUUAAAGGGUCAAUGUAUUCGUUUGCUACCAUUUUAAAACGUCACACAAAGAUAGAGCAAGUUUCCAAGGCCGCCAGAUGACACUUAUCAUUUGAUGAACAAAAUUGUUCAAAAUUGCGCUUACUUUGUUCAUCAGUGAAUAGUCGUAGUUUUAUGUCUGAGAUGACCCUGCCCCCCUACCCAAGUGGCACUUCGAUUCUCUUUCUACGAUCGCUAACGCUUCGAAAACUAAAAAAUUGUAUGGGACUGACAGAUUUUGAUCACGUGACCUGUCGAUAUCAAAUGUCAUUUCCAUACAUCUUUCUAAUUUUCGAAGCGUUAGCGAUCGUAGAAAGAGAAUCGACGUGCCACUUGGCUAGGGGGGCUGGAAUCUUGAUUCAUUAGUUCAAUUCAAUAUAAUUCAAUAAUUCAAUAGUUGCACAAAUGAGGGGUGUUACAACCAUGUAUUAUGUAUGUAUAGCUUGGCAAGUUCGUUGAUGACAUUCCCAUGAUAUGCGGGCGACGGGGGGAAAGACUGCGCGGGUGUGAAAUAAGUUAGAGGCAUCAGUCGUGGGUUUUUCAUUUAUCGCUACACGCCCCGGCCAGUGCGGACCAUCGGGAGUGUUACGAAUUGCCAAGCUAUAGUAUGGAAUGUAUGCUAAGCGAUGACUUAAUAGAAGCUUUGCUAAAGUCAAAGUUCAGUUCAGUUAUUUUAUGUGACUUGUAUUGAGUAUAAUAAUUGAUCGAAUAAAAAAAUUAUAAGUAUGCAAUAAUGACGAAUCAUGAGCAAUAUCAAUAUGGGAUUUCCUGUUUUGAUAGUUUAGUUUUCAAUGAAGUUAUUGACGUUUUCUAUUUUAUUACUAGCGGACGCCCGCGACUUCGUCCACCCUUAGACCUCUUUAAUCCAGCCCUUACAGUAGUAUCGCUGUAAAAAUGGAGUAACUUAUACCGUUUUCUUUCGUUUUCUUUGCUCUACUCCUAUUGAUCGUAGCGUGAUGAAAUGUAUACUAUAACCUGUCCAGGAGUAUGAGGAAUAAUUGUACCAUGUUUCGUUAAAAUCCGUCGAGUAGUUUUUGUUUCUAUAACGAACAUACAGACAGACGAAAAUUUUACUGAUUUUUGGCAUCAGUAUCACGAAUCACCGCAUAUUAGUUAUUUUGGAAAUAUAUUUCAUGUACAGAAUUAACCUCUGUACAGAUUUAUUAUAAGUAUAGAUUGUGAUACCCAUUCAAUAACUAAAUGACUCAGUCAGUGAUGUACAUUGGAUUAUAUUAUUUUUAUUACUAAAGUUGUCAACUAUUGAAUUAUACCAUCAGGAGUGGAUUUAAGCGGCAAAACACAAAAAAUAUAUAUUUCAUUAAAAUCGGAGCUACUCGAGUUUCUAAUAUAUUUGUUUAUUUAAAUACAUGUUAGAAGUCGCGUUAUUGCAUAACAUUAUAAUUUUUAGUGCGAAUGUGUAUAUAGUUAGUAAUAUUUUAAAAGUAAAUGAGUCACUUUGUAUCGUUAUUCAGAUAGGAGUUAAGCGACUACGAAUGUCAUCGUCAAAACAAUCUGUGUGCCUAGUGGGAGUUUUCAAUAUUUUCAUACUGUUACUAUCGCGUUGACGUAAACGCGAAUUUAUAUGGAAUUGAAACAAUUGUGUAGUAGUGCCAAUUGAUGGUGUCGUUUCAAUUCCUUAGAAAUUCGCGUUUACGUUAACGCGACAGUAACAGUACCAAACUGCCACUAGGCCGUCUGAACGAAGUUCUUUUUGGCAGAUCCGACGUUUCAAUUUUAUCAUUAUUAGCAUAUUUUAAUGUCCCCCCACUACAAACUUCUCUUUUAGAAAGAAGAAGAUAUGGAGCUUAGGCCCACCAUACCGCUCUGAUGCGAGUUUCUAUGUUAAUUACAUGACAAUUUCAAUGAUUCUUUCUGACUACGAUUUAGUUCAUACAAGUCUGCCAAAAGGGACUUUGAUCCUAAAGGAUACAAUAAACGUACGACUGAUUCUACGAUCGAUUGAUUUGAGUUUUGUAUAAAUUAAUGUUAAUAACUCGUUCGUAUUAACAUGAAACAUUUCUUGAAUAAAAAGUAUUACAACAAAUCAAAUACCAAGAAAGUGCAACUGUGAAUUCACACAUUACUAUUACUUCUCAUAGUAUAGUGUGCACCAAACUUAGAGUCCGCUCUGAACACGAUGUGUAUGACUGCACAGUGUACAAUAACACAUCUAAGCGGUACAGUACGGAUUAGAAGUUUGGCUCAUACUAUACAUACAAUUUCAAAGGCGAACAAUUAGUUAACUCGGAGAUGAUGUCAUGUGAUGACGUCAUCGUUUAAGUUAUGUAGAACCUUGAAUGUUCCACACCAUGAGUUGCUUGCUUUAUAAUUUGAGUACCUCAUCAAUCAAUCGGUCGUGUCGGUCAUCGUUGUCUAUUAGGUUACGACAGUUUACGUCCCACGAAAGCAGAAUGCAAAUUAACAACGUCACUGCGCAAGUGAGCAGCACUUGCAUUCGCUAACUCGGUCGCUUUCAGGAAAUGAAAGUCACUGAGUUUGACAUUUCAUUUGUUUCUCGUAAUUUUGAAAAAUAUUUUUUUGACCCAUUCAAUGAAGUUGCAAUGUAUAAAGUGUAGUGCCACAAAUUUUACUGGCCCGGUGGUUAAAACUGGAACUAUCGCUGGAACGAACGAACGGCGAUCGUCAUUUUUAACCGACUUCAUAAAAAGAGAGGUUCUCAGUGGCGGUGUCAAAAAACAAAAUGAACUUUUAGAGUCUAUUUGGCAUAGUAAUGCAUCAUUGAAGUCGGUUCAAUUUUUUGUUAACAUUAUUUUAUGCAAAACAUUAUACUAAAAGUGCGACGAUAGCGACACCUUCUCCGGGCCAGAUAUGUUUGACGCACUAUACUAAUGUCAAAUAUUGACGUAAUUCAAAGAUACCGGUGGCUUUCAUUUUCCGAUAGCAACCGAGUUAGUGAAUGCAGUGGUUGAUCGAUCAUCACAUUAAAUUCGUUUUAGACGUUUUCGUGGCGUGCACUGUACACAUAAUUAGGGAAAGGUGCCUAAUGAUCUGUAACUAGUAAGUUAAGUAAGAUUAAUUAACAUGUAAUUGGGGAUGCUGUGUAAAUUCGCGUAGGGAGUUUAAUUUAUCUCAAUUGUAAUGAUUUAUAUAUGACAACGGAUAUGUGCAUAAUAAUGAUGUUGUAAAUAAUUUUGUAUGAAAGAAAAUUACAUUAUUAUCAUUAUUUA